GUCCUGAGAGAGAUCAAGUCCAUCUUGUCUGCGGGCUUGCCGACGAUGAUCUACACAGGAGUAUUCGAUGGAAGUUCAUGUGGCCACUUGAGCGUUAUGGAUGCCCUCCAUAUGGUCGCCUACGAGCCUCUCGAAGAAGCUCCCAGAAAGCUGUGGAUGGGCUCAGAGCAUCCCUUCGGGUUUGUUCAAUCAGGUGGUGCCCUUACUUUCGUGUGGGUAUCCAACUCUGGUCAUAUGGUUCCGACGGACCAGCCUGAGGCCGCCCUUGAUAUGAUGGACAGAUUCCUUCACAAUCGAUCGCUUGCUGAGGGAGAGAGAGUUCCAAUUAAGGCCGCUGCAGACGCAGAGAAG